UUACACACUGUAGACAUGCAUUUGAGAUUUUGCGCCGACCCGCGAACGAGCAGCAGGUUCGCAGCGUGCCAUUCACCGGAUAGAUACGAUUGAGCAGUCAGCGUGUCAGGUCGCGGGUUGCACGUAAAAACAGCAGCCAAGUGUGUAGUUUCGGAAGAAAGUUUCAACGGCCAGCCCAACUAUCAGCCGGUUUUAUUGUUUGUUUUCGAACUGUUUUUGAUCCAAUUUAACGAUCAUCGCCGCCUUUAGUGGACGUGUCUUUUUUUUUUUGGGGGGUGAAGUGUGCCUUUGGCGGACGGCCGAGGGCUGACUGAUGCUUUCGCUAAUUUGUGUAACAAAUGGUGCCGGGUGGGAAUUUCGUUUCUCCUUCAGCGAGCCAGAGCGCAUUUUCUCGCACCAGUGUAUUGUGAAGGUGAAACAUUACCUCCGAUCUGCAAGACUGGCUGGAGGAAACAUGAAAUGUUAAGCAUCUACGCCGUUCAUACCUGUAGGCUCGAGUAGAAAUUUGUUCCAAACAGUGAGUGAGAUAAAGAAAACAACAACAACUUGUCUCGACAAACACACCAAAAGCUGAUUGCGAACAAGUGUGGCAAGUUGUUAGCAAGAGCAGCAAGAUAAACCAACUCCACCUCCAACUAACCGCACGGUUGAAAUCGAAAAUCGACCCAAGCGAGCUGAUAAGAUAACACACAUUAUCUUAAUGCGAAUCCGAUCUGCAUGUACUACGGGGUGGUUGAUGGUGGUGGUAAAAGCUGUCAUCGAUUUGCGGUGGAAAGUGCGAACUUAGACGAACAACGCUUAGUAGCUGACAGCGCGCGAACGAUUAGUCGUCGCGUUAGUGUAGACCAGUGUCAACGUGCUGCUGUACCCUCGGCGGGGAACCUGUUGCCCUUGAAAAAGGGCUUACCAGUGUGGUGACGUGAACAGUUCAGAGACUUCACAGUUUUAGAAGGAUUUUUCGGUUUACUUUACUAAACAAUAGUGAACUCUCCUAGUGAUCAAGUGUUUCCUAGUGGUCUAAAGUAGCUCAAAAUCAGUGACGAUGACACCACCACCGCCACCACCUCCACCAGUACCUGGAGCAAUGGCACCAAUUGCUCCAACAUCACCUAACACUCCAGCUGCCGGGAUGGGAUCGCCGAAAGCCGUCAGUAACGGCGGUUCUACAGUGAUCACCGAUCAUAACGAUCAGCUGAUGGCUGCUAUUCGUAACGGAAUUAGCCUGAAACCGGCCAAAACUAACGAUCGUAGUACACCGGCGUUCAUCAAACAAUCAAACGGAGUAAUCGAUGAUAAUGGCGAUACUACGACGGCUGUUUGUUACGAUAAAUCUACCUCCAUAGAUGAAAUGAAGGAUGCACUGCAGGCCGAACUGCGAAAUACGCUCAAGCGAAAGAUUAAGAAACAAGACCUGGAGGAAGGCGACUGCCGGAAGAAUGAAGAAAUCGAACGAUCAAUUGAACACACGCGCAAUGAAGUACAGCUUAAACUGAACGGUUCAUCACCGACAUCAGAUAUUCCCAAAGUUGAUAAUCCAUUGAAAACCAUUGUUGAUAUUGUCGAUAAGGAGCGUGGAGUAGCCGUUGCUAGCACGAAACAGGCCAGUCCUGUUAUGGCACAGAAAAAACCUGCUUCGGUACCAUCGACACCGACAGUUCAACCAAUUGUAAAUGGAACUUCCACGCUACGUAAGGUAUCGGCAGGCGUAUAUCCUACUCAAAAUGGAACCACCACAGUGAUUCAAAUUAAUCCUUCGACACCGGUAGCCAAAACACCGAUUGCGAAAGCUAACGUUGUGCCGGUGAAUGCUUCGCCGGUUCUUGGACUAAACUCCGCUAAAGCAACCAAUGGUACUGUAGGGAUUAAAAGUCCAACAUCUGUCCAGGUGGGCAAAGUGAUCUCAAACGGAUCUUCAACCAUUCCAAAAGGUUCUUCCCUAACACCGAGUGUAACUUCCAAAGCGAAUGCUAGUCAAACGGUUUCUUCGGCAAAGACAAUGCCUGACGGUACUAACACGGUAUCUAGUCCUGUAAAAGUAGCAAAUGGAAGCCUUCCGGCGGGUGGUGUUGUUUCCAAUACGAACGGGACCGCAUUCAAAAUUAACAGCUUCCAAACGAAGUUACCUCCAACGAGUCCGGCCAACGGUUCAAACAAAACCGCUGGAGGAAAUUCCUACUCGAACACCCUUCCCAGAGCAAAUGGGAUUUCUUCCUCCAAAGCUCUGCCCAAAACAUCGACCGGAGCAGUGCCUGUUUCGUACACCAGCUCCGUGAAAGUAUCCAUUGGCAGCUUUGGUGAUAGUAUGCGUUCCACUUCCAACACAACCGCCAGUCCCGUAUCGCGGAACGGUACUCACACCAAAUUUGAACCACUUACCAUCGACACGUCUUCUAAUGGUGGUUCUACUAAUGGCACCUCGUCACCGACAACUCCGAAAGAAUUGCUCUCACCCCAAGUAAAAAGUGGUACCGCAUCCAUACGACCUUCCCAGAUCCGAACGCUAACGAAAUCGGGCAACGUUGUCAGCCACACCGACAUCCUGGAAGCAUCGAAACCAGUCACAAAGCUGCCGGUAACGUUGGUGGAACCUGCUCCAGUACUGACUGCUGCCGCUGCCGUAUCACCACCACCGAAGGUGUCCGCCAACACAGCACCACUUCCAACACCGCCCGCUAAAGAGCGUACACCACUCUUCGAAAAGGCAAGCAAGGAUCCGCCGAAGAGUCCGCUAAACCGAUGGGCUGAUAGUAGUUCAAUUUCCGGUGGUACGGCACGGAAGCUGCUGCUUACACACGGACGUCCGAACUUCACGAUCAAGCGUUCGAACUCGCGACAAGGUUUCGAUGUGGACGUACCGGACAUGAAGGGUGAAUACGUUAAACCCGUGUUUCGCAUUCUAACUGACUUGGAGAAGACAGAACAGCAGGAUGACAUUAAUCGCCAGCAGCAGCAGCAGCAGACUGGCCAGGCUGUAGCAAGCGCACAACCUCAGCAAGCGUAUGUUUCCUUUGCGAAAGAUCUCUCCAACGCACCGAACAAUCAUCCAGAUGUGGUCGUUGUGACAAAACCGAGCACCAGCUCAAAUGUUUCGACCGAUCCAUUCUUAACAAACCUUAAAGACAUUAAAAUUGACAUUAGCGAAAUGAAGAUAGUUAACGCGAAGAAUGCAUAGGGCGAGGAACUGCACGAUCGUUUCAGAACAUCGAGUAAAGUAGGAACUUAACGUACCGUGAAAUCGAUAGUAGUUUAUGUAAAAUGUACUAUGUUUUGUCUAAUGUUAUCUUUAUAAAUAAAUAUUACAAUUGUAAAGCUA